AUGUCACAUCUGGUUCGCGACAUUAACUUGAUCCACGCCUCCACUCUUUCGCCCCGCCAGUACGCCUCGUUUGCUCGUCUCUUCCACGAAUUGAACUUCACCGCCUGCCACCCGCACCGGGAACCGGACGAGGGAGAUCUUCCCUUUCAGCUGCCCUCGCCGACGAAAUGGGGAGACUCGCUCUGCUGGAACGGGACAGCCAUGAUCGAAAGACCGGCUGCCUGUCGGUGGGAGGCUCGUCUGCCCAGGCUUCUGUACCAUGGACAGCCUGAAGGCUGGUUUAGCCAUGGCAACUGGCAUUUCGCCUCGUGUCUGACCUUUCCUUGUGAACUCGCUCCUCCGACUUGCUUUCUCAUUCAUCGCUCAAUCCGGUUGGCAACGUAA